AUGUGUCUGUGCAAACAAACUGUAAACUAUAUUCGCGAGUUCAAAGUGGAUCCCGAAAACAAUGUGUUCCUCAAAGAUGGUCAACCAUUUCGGUACGUCUCGGGAACUCUUCAGUACUUUAAAGUGCCAUCAGUUUUAUGGUCUGAUAGGAUGACCAAAUACAAAGCCGCCGGACUUAACGCCAUUCAAACUGUUAUUGAGUGGAGUUUUCACGAACCAGAAGAGGGUGUCUUUGACUUUACCGGCGAUAGAGAUCUCAUUAAAUUUAUUCAAACCGCCAAUGAUUUGGGACUUUUGGUUAUCCUAAGAACCGGGCCUUUUAUUAACGCCGAAAGAGAUUUCGGUGGACUCCCAUACUGGCUAUUGUCUAAUAAUCCGGACAUGAAAUUUAGGACAUCUGAUCCGUCGUACGUGAAAGCCGUCGAGAAAUGGUUUUCCCUAUUACUGCCAAUGUUGGCGCCCAUGCUGUAUAAAAACGGCGGACCAGUUAUCAUGGUCCAGGUCGAGAACGAGUACGGAUUGUACUAUGCCUGCGACUAUGCCUACACUUCCCAUUUACGGGACCUACACAUUCACUACUUGGGCACAGAUGUCCAGUUGUUUACUAACGAUCCCUACGGCGACUACUUAAAAUGCGGACAAAUUGCUAACGUGUUGGCGACCGUCGACUUUGGUCCCACCGACGAUCCCGUCCAGGCGUUCAAAGUUUUGAGGGAUUACCAGAAGUUUGGGCCGUCGGUUAACUCCGAGUACUACACGGGUUGGAUAGACCACUGGGAACGACCCCAUUCCACAGCCACUUCCCUGCAAGUGUGCCAUACGUUGGACGCUAUACUGGCGCUGAACGCGUCCGUCAAUAUAUAUCCACUUCACGGCGGGACUAACUUUGGGUUUGGUUCCGGUGCCGAUCCCGAUGACGGUGUAUACGAUCCCUGUAUCACGAGCUAUGACUUCAAUGCCCCCCUCACUGAGGAUGGAGACCCCACUCAGAAAUACUUUGAUGUCCGCAAUGUUAUUGGAAAAUACCAAACACUUCCUAACGUUACACUCCCGGUGCCGUCGCCUAAAAUGGAGACCAAACCCAUAGUUAUGAAACCAAUUCUUAGUAUAUAUGACAUUAUCUCAUCCCUAACUCCCGUGGAAUCGGUAUAUCCGUUGAGUUUUGAAAAGUUAAGAAUAAAGGAUGGAUUCAUACUCUACUCGACAAACAUUACAUUCAAACCGUCAGAUCCGGCAGUUUUGGCAAUAAGUGAACUCAAAGACAGGGCACAAGUGUUCGUCAAUCAGAAAUAUGUGGGCACUUUAAGCCGGACACAUAAUAUACACGCUAUAAAUGUAGACAUCGCGUUGGGAUCGCAACUGGAUUUAUUUGUCGAGAAUCAGGGUAGAUUUUCUUUCGGCGACACUAUCAAUGAAUUGAAAGGCAUCACAUCUAAUGUGACCAUAGGUUCCGUAGUAGUGGAGGAUUGGCGCCAUUACUUGGUGUUCAAGAAUUGGACUAAAAGUAUGGCUGAUAUUCACGAUUAUUCGGAUGCCUUCCCAACACAUCCCACUCCAGCGAAUGGGAGUUCCUUUGAUAGGAUUCCCUCAUUCUAUACGUCAGACUUUGUAUUACCCGACACUAAGGGAUACCCUUUCGACACAUUCCUACGUCUGGACGGAUGGCAUAAAGGGCUCGCAUUUCUCAAUGGCUUUAAUUUGGGUCGAUAUUGGACUGUCGGCCCACAAAUCACACUAUACUCACCGAAACAUCUGUUCAACGCAUACCCCAAACCAAACAAAUUAAUAGUCUUUGAAUUGGAAAGUCCUUCAAACAGUAAAACUGUUCAAUUCGUGACACAAAGUGUUUUGAACGCAACAACGAUUCCCAACCCUCACCAAUAA